AGGAUCCGUGACGUCGAACCCAAAUAAACACAAAGUAUAUGUGAAUAAUUUUGAUAUAAAAACGGUGUGUAUCAAGUGUCGAAGGAGUCGCGUGUGUAGCCGAAUAUUUAUCAGUGCUUGCGAACGGUCAGUGAAUUUAAAUAGCACGGCAUUUGCGAUGUGUGUGUGUUUCGAUUAUUGGUCCUCUUUGGGGGGAUAAUCGCGAUCGGCUAGCGACCACCACGGCAGCUGUUCGACAGUUAAGCCAGCCCUUAUGAAGAAAUGGCGGCACCUACCUAAAAAAUUUCAAUGAAUUAGUAAACACGAGUGUUUCCACAAUUUUCGAGAUCGUAGAUGGAAACAAAGAAUUAUUAUUUGUAAAAAAAAAAAAAAAAAAAGGAAACGCCAAGGGACUUGCGAUUGAUUUGUUGGAUUUUAUGAUUUGUACAGUUGUGGUUUUGUGAAUAAAUCGUGUAGAAGUGUGUAUAAAGGACAAAUCAUAGCUCCGCCACCGCCACUGAAGAUCACACGUUGUGAGAAUGUCGCGGUAUCAGAAAAUCGUUUAGGACAAGCAAGCGGUCAGAUCAACCGUACAGUGGUGGCCCCAUGGAAGGCACGCUGGAAGAACCCCCUAUUAAGGACUCAUCUCAGACCAGUCCUGAUAAGGUUCUCAAAGAUGUGAUUCCAAAUGGGGUUAAUGGAAAUUAUAAUGACAAGGAAGAAUUCAUUGAUGCUGACACUAAUAUAUCCAAACUUGUGUCAAAAGAAAUUAGUGUAGUAAGAGAGGAGAGAGAGGCAAAUGGAAAAGAAGAUGAUGAAGAAAAACACAGAAUGGAUGUUGAAAUGGAAGAAAGGGGUCUAGAACCUGAAAAUAGUGAACAGAAUGGGAUAGCGCAAAACAGAAGUAAAGGGAGUGGAAUGUCAGAGUCAGAAAAUGACUCUAAGAUGUCUAAAUCUCCAGAGGGUGUCAGUGACAUAAACAAUUUUAGUGAAGUGUCCAAGACUGAAGAUAAGUGUAGAAACACAUCUUGUGAGGCUAUGGAAGUUGAUGAACAGAGUAAUAACUCGGAUGUUGAAUGUCUUGACGAAAACAUAACAGAAAUACACUCUGAUAACGAUGAUGUGUUCACUACAAAAGCUUCUGCCCUUAAAGAUAAUAAUUUAUCAGGCAGUAGUGAUAUCCAACUUAACGAUAGUAGCGAAAUUGCUGAUAGUAGUAUGGAUACAUCUGAUGUGAAAAUUUGUGAAGAAAACGGUAGUUGCGAUAGUCCUGAUAUUGAAGAAAUAACUGAUAGUGCAAAGAAUGGUCAUAAUACUUCACCAGAACGUAUUAAUAAAGACCCAAAACAAAGAAAACAAAGAAAGCAAGUAGAUCUUAGUAGUAUUACACCAAGAAGAAGUUCUCGAAAUAUAAAGAGGACAAGUUACAUAGAAAAAGAAAUAGAAGAAGAGGAAGUAGAUGAUGAUGGCUCAGAUAUUGAGGAAAUUAAGCCAGAAGAUCCUCUGGCUGGUGUUGAUAGUAAAGACAAAGAGAAUUCUAAACUAAAGUCACCAGUAAAAAAUAGUAAGACUACUAUUGUAGUCAAUGAUACUAAACGGUUAGUAGAAAUAGCUGCUGGUAGUAAAUCUGUAAAAGGAGGAAAGAAAGAACCUACCUUAGUUAUUAUAGACACAAAUUCUAUACUUUCUGGACGUGGUGGUGUUCCUGUGAGUAGCAGUAAACCUCAUCACACUGUUUCUAGUACUAGCUCAUUUUCAGUAGUUCCAGUGGGAAUGACUACACAAACUAUGUAUCCUAAUAUGAGGACGACUAUUACACCAGUGCCCAUGACGUCAAAAACUGCACAGUUAAGUCCUAAAACCACUAGUAUGACAACAGUAACACCUACGGUUACACCUCCAAUAUUACCUACUUUAAGCGAUGACAUGUUUGUCGUAGAAGCACCAUCUUUUAUAGUACCAUAUGUAUAUGAAAAACCACCUCUGAAACCCUUAAAGGAGUUCGUCACAAAAUUGGAAAAAUGCUUAGAAAAUCAAGAAAAAGAAGAGAGAAGCAAAAGAAGCAUAGAAGAAAAUAAGGGAGAGGAAUGUGAUGAGGAUUCAUUGGAUAUAAUUCAAAAAAAUAAAGAUAAAAGUGAUGAAAGUGAAAAUGAAGGAACUUAUAGUAAGAGUAAAAAGGAUGAAGACAGAGGUGAUAAUUCAGUAGAUAUAACCGAAUCUGGAUUUAGUAAUAUAAGUGAUAAACAGGAUAUACGACAAGACGAUAGGAAUAAAGUACUGACAUAUUUUGAUUUACCACUGGGGAAAUUUUUCAUGCAAAUUGGAGUGAAUCUUGUUCAGGAAUAUGUGCAAACUGAUCUUUUACGGACUCAAAAACGUAAACAGGGAAAAAGUAGCACAUCGGCUGAAACUCAACUAGCUAUAAAUUCACUCAUUAAAAAUCUAGAAUUUAGUAAAGAAAAUAAUGAACCAUUCCAUUUAGAACAGAAAAAAUGUGAAUUCUGUAAUUUUAAAACAGAAUCAACUUUAGUCAUGCAACAUCAUUUAGAAACUCCACAUAUGCGCAAUUAUGUCUACAAGUGUAAUUUUUGUCCAACUGAAAUGCGUAGUCCCCACGACAUAUUAUACCAUAUGGAAGCAGAACAUAAUACUCGCGGGAGGUUGGAGCGGGGUCCAGCUUUUCAUCAAUGUCCUAAUUGUCCGUUUGAAGACAACCAGAAAGGCAAACUAAAUCGACAUAUACUUGCUUGUACUAAGAAAUUCAGAUCAGAAAAGAAUUUAGAACCAGGUGCUGAUUGGGAACCUCCAGCAAAAAUUCCACGAUUCAAUCGAACAAGGCCUGUUGGGCCGACUAACCCCAGUGCACUUGCGAUGGCAAUGAGCGGUAAAGGACCUCAACCACUUUUACCAAAAUUACUUCCUGCUCCAAUCACUGGUCGUGGAAGAGGACGGCCGCCUAUGCAACCAAGAUAUUCAGAUUUGAAAACGUUACGACCGGGUGGUACGACAAUGCGUCAGGAUAAUGUUGCAGGAAUGAUGUAUCGUCCAACAUCGUCUGGCUUAUUGGUCCCUACUUCAUACAGAUUUGGUAGUAAUCAAAUAUUUCAGGUGGUGGGUGGCUCUGGGACUGUCAUGUCGGCUGUCUCGGGAGUGAGUAGCAGUAGCGGCGGCAGUUCCGGUCAACCCACACCCAUUGCACUUGUACCCAACGUAAUCGACUCUCUCUCUAGAUUGUCCUCAUCACAGAAUACAACAGCAAGUCCCAAAAAUCCUACUGCAAAAUUGUUAAGUCAACCAAGUAUAUCUAUAACACCAUUGCCACGUACAACAUCGCAAACCUCCAUUCCUGGUUCUGGGACUUCAUCAAAAUCUGGAGAAAAAACUACAUUUGUCAUAUGUGAAAUUUGCGAUGGUUAUAUUAAGGAUUUAGAACAACUACGUAACCAUAUGCAAUGGAUUCACAAAGUAAAAAUACAUCCAAAGAUGAUUUAUAGUAGACCUCCAUUGAAUUGCCAAAAAUGUCAAUUUCGGUUUUUCACAGAUCAGGGUCUGGAAAGACAUUUACUUGGGUCUCAUGGUUUGGUUACAUCUAGUAUGCAAGAAGCUGCAAAUAGAGGAAAAGAUGCAGGUCGCUGCCCCGCUUGCGGCAGGGUAUAUCAAUGGAAAUUACUAAAUCAUGUUGCGCGAGAUCAUGGAAUGACAUUAAAACCAGCGCAUCUAUCUUAUAAAUGUACAGUUUGCACUUCCACAUUUGGAAUGUAUAAGCAGUUUGAAAAUCACGUAUAUUCGGCACAUAGUGGCGUAGCUAAAAGAGUAAUGGAUAAGAAGAAUACACCUUCAUCUCCAUCGUCCAGAUCCAAUGACUCCCUUCUGAAACCACUGAAGAUUAAUGAUGAAAUUACGAUUAUUCCACAACCAGCAAAACCUACAACCAGGUCGGGUACAUCUCAAGGCAGAGGAAAAUAGCAAUGAUCAGCAGAGUGAUACAUGUGUCUUGUCUUAAUGAAUUUCAUCUAAUUUUGUGGUACUCCAAUACCGGUCAUUGUAGUAUACAAUGAUUGACGUACCGUGUACAUGUGUAUGCAUAUUAUGCUUAAGACGCAAUUACAACACAUAAACCUACAACUUUCAGCAAAAAAACUAGUUGAUUGCGUAAUAAUAUUCCAUCAAUGAUUAUACCGAUAUAUUUAUUUAAGAAUUUUUAUUGUUGUUAUCAGACAUAGAUAAAAUAGACUGUAAAAAUAUUAAA